AUGCUGGAGCACAGGGUCCGGCCAGGCCUGCAGCUCAAGGCGGCGUUUGUCACCAGCCUGCAGAGCACGGCGCUGGGCGGCCUGGGCGGCCUGCUGCUGCGCCUGAAGCAGGACGGCCACGGCCGGCUGGGCCUGGUGGGGCCGCCCGGGACCGAGGCCUGCCUGGAGGCCCUCAGGAGCUUCAUACGUUGGCAGCACCCCGCGGUGGCUGUGGCAGAGGCGGCAGGCGGCGGCCCUUCUGUCACAGCACCCCCAGACGCAGCGCAGGCGGCGGCGGCGGCGGCGGCGGCGGGGGCGGCGGCGCCACAGGUGUAUGAGGACGCGUGGCUGCAGGCCUGCGCCAUCGGCGCCUCCUCGGCCGGCUGGGAGGCGCCCGCCUGGCUGGCAGCAGCCGCGGACGGAGAGGCUAGGGAGCGGCCAACCGCCACGGCCGCCCUGGCAGGGGAAAUUGACGGUGGCGAUCAGGGCGGCCCGAGCAGACCCGAGGGGGUGGGCGAGAGCGAGAGCGAAAGCGAGAGCGAUAGCAAAAAUCUGGGCGCCAAGCGCGCCAAGGCCAGCGCCGAUUUUGCUGACCUGGACGCCAUCUUCCUUGCGUCUGCGCGCGGCGGGCGCUCCAGCGGCGGCGGCGGGCGCAUUGGGGCGAUCGUAGAAGGGCAGCUGCUGCUCCAGCUGGCCGGGCCGGCGUGCGAUGAGGUCACGCUGCCGUCAUCGGCGCUGACGCUCGACGCGUGCGAGGUCCAGAGGGCGCUGCUGGACGAGCGGCCCGAGCUGGAGGCCGCGCUGCAGCGUCUGCAUGCGCGGCGCCCAGCGCUGCUGGGGCAGGCUGAGCAGCUGGCGGCCAGCGUGGAGGCGGACCGGGAUUCGGAGCUGCAGCCGCCACCCCCGGCGCUGGCGUGGCCGUCGGCGCGCGGGAGCGGAGUCGUGCUGCUGGGCACGGGCUCGGCGGAGCCAUCCAAGUAUCGCGGGCCAAGCGGCAUCCUGCUGCGGGUGUGCAACUCUGGCAUGGGGCGACAGCAGCGGCAGCAGCAACUGCAGCAGCAGCAGCAGCAGCAGCAGCAGCAGCAGCAGCAGCAGCAGCAGCACAGCCAGCUCAGGAGUGAUGACGCGGGCUGGAUGCUGCUGGAUUGCGGCGAGGGCACGUGGGGCCAGGUGGUGCGGCUGCUAGGGGCGUCUGCUGCCGCCCAGCUGGCGGCCUCCCUGGCAUGCGUCUGGGUGUCCCACCGCCAUGCAGACCACAUGCUGGGCCUGCCCGCGGUCCUGUCCGCGCGGCCCGCCUCGGGCCCGCCCCUACUGGUGGUCGGCCCCGCCGAGGCGCGCGACUGGCUGGCCGCGCUCGCGCCCCAUCACGUCGCGUGGCGGUACGAGUUCCUGCCGCUGCAGCACUUCAGCGGCGCCGCCGUCGCGGGGGCGGGGGCGGUGGCGGGGGCGGCGGCGGUGAUGGGCGGGCGGCUGGGGUUCAGCGGGUGGACCUCUGUCGCGGUGGACCACUGCCACGGCGCGUUUGGGCUGGUGCUGGAGCACUCUCAGGGCUGGAAGCUGGUGUACUCUGGCGACACUCGCCCCUGUGAGCGCCUCGCGCGGGCCGGUGCCGGCGCCACCCUGCUGAUACACGAGGCCACCUUCGAGCCAGGCCUGGAGGCUCACGCGCUGCGGAAGCGCCACAGCACCAGCGCCGAAGCCAUUGAUGCGGGGCGGCGCAUGGGCGCGUACCGGACGCUGCUGACCCACUUCAGCCAGAGAUACCCGAAGCUGCCCGCCGGCCUGGACGCGGCCGCGGCGCGGUGGCGGGAGCGCCCGCUGCUCGGCUUUGACGGGAUGGUGGUGCCUCUGGCGCUGCUGCCACAGCUGCCAGCUCUGACGCCGCUGGUGGCAGCGGCGCUCGGGGAGACGGGCCCUGAGGGCAGGGUUGGCGGCGACGAGGCGGGGCCGCUUGCAGUGAAAUCCUGA